AUGAUAGGAUCAAUGAUUUUCCUUCGAAAGAAGUAUAAUGUCUAUGAAAUACUAUCUGUACUACUCGUUGUUGGUGGUUUAUAUGGUAUUUCAAUGAGUGACAAAAAAGCCAAAAAUAAAUUUGAUCCAAUUGGUGUUGUAUUAAUGACAAUAUCACUUUCGUGUGACACCAUUUCGUCAAAUCUACAAGAAAAAGCUCUUGACCAGUAUAAUGCGCCCCAAGAUGAAGUUAUUUCAAUGAUGUACGCGAUUGGCUCCGGAUAUUUGUUCUUAUUAAGCCUAUUUACAGGCCAAUUCCAAAAAGGUGUAACAUUAUGCUAUCAUCAUCCAGAUAUGAUCUUCUACUUAUUAUCUUUUGGAUUUUUAGGUGGAAUUGGUGUAAAUUUCGUAUAUCUUAUAAUGAAAGCGUUUGGGUCAUUAGUAACUGUUAUGGUUACAUCAUGUAGAAAAGCAUUAACCUUUAGUUUGAGCUUUAUUUUGUUCCCAGACAAAAGAUUUACAAGAUUCCAUUUAUUAUCUGUAAUUGCGAUUGCAACUGGUGUAUCAAUGAACUACUACGGUAAAUCCCUCCAUAAGAAGACAAAUAUUAAAGCAUUUCAGGAUAUUGAAGACAAACAAGAAAAUCCAAACGAUCAAGCUUAA